CAUGGGCAGCCUUCAAACGGGGUCCUUCAAGGUCCUUUGAAUGCAUGUGGCGCGAUAUGGGAAACUGAGAGUGGGAAAUAAAUAGUUAGACGGCUCUACGUUAUUAGCUUUCCAUCAUUCAAACAACAUGUUUUCUACGGAGCAAAGUUGUUUGUUUAUCCGUAAGGUCAUUUGUUGGAGAGCUGCUGCCAGUAUCGCGUGGGCUGUUCUGUUGUUGCCACCCACCACAGCAGUUUUUGUGAUCCUCAGCAAGUUCAGUCUUCUCCACCCCAUCCAGACAGUAUUGGAAUGCGUCUCUCUGCUGAUCAGCGCGAGUGCCAUCUUCUCCUUCAUCCUGCUGUGCGGAGUGAUCAUCAUGGUUGGUUUCCUGAACUUGGAGUAUUACACAGUCAUUCCGACUAUCGCAUGUUCGAAAAUUGCCCUGUUGGGUCAGCUGCUCCACCCUCGGCAGUUUGUCAGCUCCCUGGUGCACUGCAUCAUGGGAAUAAUCGUGGCCUGGUGUUGUGCCAUCACUAUUGGUGUUAGAUACGAAACACUCGGCUACCCGUGCGCACAGAGUGAUGGUUAUCCCCAGAUGUGUCUGAAUGAGUAUCAUCUCAUCCUUCUGCUGGCGGGAGGCUUUGUUGGAUUCUCCCACAGUCUGCUGGGUGUUACCCACAACAUGAACUACGUCUCCUUCCACACUGUUCAGCAAUACAAAUACCUUCGCUUCAAGGGUUCCCUUCCUUUGGUGGUGAAGUGUAGCGUCACUCAGGCACUUUACUCUGUCCGCAACUACAUAGUCGUGUAUUUCUUUUUGGGAUACAUACCAAAAACAUGGAUCUGUAGAACACUGAAUCUUCAUUUGAAGAGCUCUGCUCAGCCUCUCGACAGCAUAGCCGGACUCCUGGACCUCUCCCUGCUCUACCACCUCUGGAUCAGUGCCACCUUCCUUCUCUUCACAUGGUACAUGACGCUGCUGCUCUUCAGGAUCUUUGUCACGGAGGUGUACAGUUUUCCUGUGCAGUCGUCUUUUACUGAAGAAUCCCACCAGUGUCUUCCUAAAGUCCUAACUGACAAGCAGCCAAUGAUAUUAAAGUUUCUAGCUCUGCAGGACUUGGCUAUGUUGUCUCAGCAUUCUCCAUUGCGGCGCUGUGAAGUCUUCAGUCUGAGUCAGCCAGGAGGACAUCCUCAUAACUGGAACGCCAUCAGUAAAGAGUGUCUUUCUCUGCUGGCUGAUUUGACCCAGAGACUUGUAGCCUAUCACGAUACUGUAGCGACCAACGGCAGGGCUAAAUCACUCUCAAGUGGGAGUGAAAGGAAAACUUCGUCCGAGACAUCAGUAACCUCAGGUACAGAGGAUUUUAUGAGUCCAAAGCCCACUUUUCUGAUGAGAACACCAGCUUCCGUCUUUGCCCGCUCGGUUGCUGGAGCCCCCCAGAGCCCUCUGACAGCGCCCUUCACUCCUGACCUGGACAGUCCUUUUGCUUCUCCUGCCCUGCGGCGUCUCACCGCUCCAGUGGACCAGUGCUCGCCGUGGCACGGCGCAGUGCAGAGCCCGCACAUCAUGAGGAGGGCACCGAAACUCUGGUCCACCUCCACAGACACGCAGACCAAUGGAAGCCCCCCGCCGUCCCCAGCCUCGGUUCCCAGCCCCAAGCAGGAACCCUCCAAACCAAGUUUCCUGGCUCAGUUCCUCCAGAACAGAAAAGAACAGGUUAAAAAUUUCUUGGCUAAGCGGGUGCUGAUAAUGUAUUUGUUUAACAAGCUUCCAGAAGCCUCCAGUCAGGCUCUAUUCGCUGACAGCCAGGCUCACAUCUGGGCGUUGGAAGGGUUGUCGUACCUCGUUCAGGCCUCGUUCUCGGAAGACCAGUUCGGGGUCGUGCAGACUGCAUUACCCAGCAUUCUCAGCUCCAUGCUUGUUUUACAAGAGGCCGUGGAUCGACACUUCAAGCUGCCGCACGCCUCCAGCAAACCCGCCAGGUCCACCAGCAGCAUGGGAGACUCCACCUACAAAACACUGCGCUUCGCUCUCAGGGCCACGCUCAAGACGGCCAUCUACAGGAUAACGACCACGUUUGGAGAUCACUUAAAUGCUGUCCAGAUGUCUGCAGAGCACCGGAAAAGACUGCAGCAGUUUCUGGAGUACAAGGAAUAACAAGCCGGACUCUUUCGGACUCUUUAUCAGCUUGUGUGAGAGCACUUAAGUCAAGCGACAAGUCACAUGAUGGUGCCUCUUUUUUUAAUAUUUAUGUCUGCACUAUGUUGUUGGCGGAUUGUGUUUGUUCAGCUAGACUAUGUCUUCCACAUACACGAGGUUGAAGCAGGAGAUUAAAUUGACGGAGUGAAAGAGGUAAACGACACUUAAACUGUUGUGUUUGGGAGAUAUAAACUAGCUCACGGUGGAAUCGGCUCAUCCCAAAAGAUUAGUUUCAUUCUUGUACGAGAAAAAGUUGAUGUUUUGUCAAAGAGGCAGAUUGUAAAGGGCUAAUUCUGCUGCACUUUCUACAGGUUUCAUAUUUCGAAUGCUGUCUUCUCGACUUUGUGCGAGAUCUCUUCGGUUUCACUGGUGUUUGAAAAUGGCUGGAGGCGUGUCCAGCAGCCGCGUAGAUGAUCAGAUUUACAGAUUUGAUACCUGCGUUUGUUGAUGUUUCAGUUUGUUCUCGUCAGAGUUUAUUUGUGUGGAAUGAGUGAGUCACGUCAGAUCGAGAGAUCACGUGGGGGGUAAAUGUUUUCAGCGCGAGUUCCUGCUCAAAGACCUGUUGAAUAAAAAAAAACAUGAAAAGAGAAUUUCCAGCGUUCGUAUUGUUGCACGCGGUCGAUAAUCGAGGAUCAUGUGACGCGCCGGGAUUCACAGGUUUUUACUAAACUUGAGUUUUGUCACAGAAAUAAGACAAAACUAGAGUCACAAAAUAGUCCCUGAGCUGAAUCACGAUUACUCAACACUUAACGCUCUGAUCUACCUGAUACAUCCUCAAACUGGCACCAUAAACAUCCACAUCAUCACUGGCACAGCAGACAUUUCCAGCUACACAGAAUGAGGAAGCGUUUCUAUCUAAAACAAACAUUGCCGCAGACAUUUUGACGUCUCGUUAGGAAGAAGCAGAAUGUAGCGGUAACAUUAAUGACAGCUGGAUUAUGUCCAAGUCUCAUACGAACCAGGACUCUUAAAUUAAAUGCUAUUAUUUUGACUUUCCUACUAUUACAUAUAUGAUACCACUUAAUUCCUAUAUACAUCACAUAACAAAUUAACAUUAGUAAUCAUUGGCAUUAUUGUCUUUAUUUUUCCAAAAUAUCCUCUUUAAUUUGAAUAUAACGGAUUAAAACUGAUUGUAUAGUUUUGUCAAGUCGCAACAUCUGUGUGAUGCACAACAAAUAAUUUUCCAACAGUGCUAGAUCUUUUCCUCGGGUCUGUUAUAUUCCUGUCUAGUCUGGGCCCAGUCUGAGGGAUUACAAACCACGUUGAACCUGGAAACACCUUGGGAUCCCACAGGAAAAAACACAGCUAGGGGAAGGGGACGUCUGGAAUACAUUGGAUUAGAGGAUGAAAACAUGUUUGUUUUAAUGGUAAUAAACCCAAAAGGAGUUUUAAGUAGCUGUUAUACAUGAAUGUGCAUGAAAAAAUACUCUUCUGCUGUUAGUAGGGACUUGAAAUACUCUCUGAUCUAAACUUCAGGAAAUAUUGUUCCAUUUUGCAGCUUCAUGGAAAUGCAACAUUGCCUUUUAAAUACUGAACAAGUUUGUGUAUCUUGCACGAAUCUAGAGGUGUAACUAUAACAGCCUGGCAAACUUAAUCAGACGGGAAAACAGCAACUUUAGCUAAAUAAUUCAGACGAAUACAAGAGAAUGAGACAUCAGAGCAACCACACCAAGAGCACUGUCUUUUUGUUUAUUGCACGAAUUAUACAUAUUUCCAACUGAACUGGUAGAACGCAACAUUAGGCUGUGAUGGGGAAAAUAAAAAGCAUUGUUCAUCAAAUGCCUCAUUAUGUUUACAAGAUGCCAAAAAAUAUCCAUUGAGAAAAUCUGGACAGAACGGCCUCAAAUUAUAGAUGAAGAUCCAGAAAAGAAACACUGAUUUUUUUUUUUUUAUUUCAUUUUCUCCUUGAACCAGAAAAAGAAUCAGUCAAUACUCGUAAUGACAGCGGGUUCUGUUCAUAACAGAGAGGUGCCAUAAAAGGAAAGACCAAACAAAAUGGUCACGUCAAGACGUUUUUUUUUUUUUUGUUUUGUUUUUUUAACCUCUGGAUUUAAAAGUACUUUGUCCUGAUAUAGAAUAUAAAUCUCUGCAUCAAUACCAAUCAAAUGUUUUGACAUUUUUUUUUCUUUUUUUUUCUCGGAAGUCAAACAGCAUUUGCUAAAGUUUUUUUUUUGUUUUUUUUUUUACAGUUUUAAUAUAUAUUUAUAUAUGUACAUAUAAAUUCAACUAA